AGAAAAAAAAAAAAAAGACCUUAUGAAAGAAACUCAAGGUUUAGAAAUUAGAAACAUGGUUGGUAAGAUCAUGGGAGCUAGGCACCAACGAAAGCGAAGGUCUAAUCUAUGUAACAGAAGAUCACCGUGCCAAGGUAGAAAAUCUCCUGACGAUCAUACAUUAAGCUUGGCAAAUGAUAGUAACAACCAUGUUGUGAUCGUCAUGGACGGAAUGAAAGAAUUCAGCAGCGAGUUGCUUGAAUGGGCUCUUAAGAACAUAAUCUCGGCGGGAAGUGUUAUCACUCUUCUUGGUGUCAUGCCAUGGCUAAACAUUCCCUUGUCUGUUAAGACAUGGCUUGAUGUUUGGUCUUUGGAGCUAGAAGAAUUGCCUUUUGUUAGAGAGAAAAAUGAAUGGAAAAGUGACGCCAAGUAUCUAAAGCUACAAACAAUUGUAGACCUUUGCAGAAAUUAUGGGGUCUUGCUGGAAAAGAAAGUAGUAAUGGGCUAUCCGUCGCGAUCUAUGAUUGUGGAGAAAGUUGCCAGCCUUCAUGCAACAUGGGUGGUGUUUGAUAGGCAUCAGAAGAAGAACUCAGAUUUUUAUGCUAAAAAAAUUCAAUGCAACAUGGUGGUGGUGAAUGAGGAUGGAGAGUUUGAUAUAAUCAACAAAGGCAGCCGCCAAAUGAUAGACAAUAGCGGUUGUGGCUGGCCAAGAAUCGCCUGUAACCCUUUUGCUGCACCAAAUGCCCUAACACCUGAUAAUUCCUUCCCAUCAGACCAUCGCCAUCAACCUACCAUGCUCAAGAUAUAAAAAAAAAAAAAAAAAAAAAAAAAAAGAAAAGGAAAAAAAGAAGAAGAAAAAAGGCCUCUUUUUGAGUUUCAUCAACUGGCCUGCCUCCUAGGAAAUUGAGCAUGAUCAUGCUUUGCACAUUUAAUGGAUGGAAAAGAAACUAAUAGUCUUGAUUUCUAUGUCUCUGUUUUUUUUUUUUUUUUUUUUUUUUAAAUAAAUAUU